UUGGGGAAGGUGAUGGGGUUGGGACUUGGAGACAACCAGCUGAAGAGCAGCGCUUGUGGGUGGGUAGGAUGGAGGGAAGCGAUGGAGGCGCAGGCUGAGGUUCCGGCGCCCGUGAGUGGCGAUGCUGGGGAAAAGGCAGCAAGGACCCUAGUCCCCGCAGGCAGCAUCGCGGUGCAGGACCUGGGAUGCUGAUGGGUCACUCUGCUCAUCAGGUGCAGGAUGGACAAAAGGGACAAGGCCAAGGCUGGGGCCACUGCGCGGACACCGGCUUCUCGCCCUCCUGGCCUUCCGACCCCUAGGCCGCCAGGGUCUCCUCGACCCCCUCCUCCAGUAACCACCGCAGCCCUCCGAGUUCUGGGAGCAGCUGGGCGAAGGCCCCUGGCAGAGCGAGCCGGGGGCAUGGGGGGAGCCACUCUCCCCAAGGCUGCUCCCCGGGUGGGACCAGCGCAGAGCACCGGGACAGGCACCCGGAGUCCAGCCUCCAGGCCCCCAGAAGCUGCGAGAGUGGAGCGGGCCCCUGCCAAGGCUCCGGGCCCGGGCUGUAAGUCUAGCCCGGCACAUGCCAGCGGGACAGCCAGGGUGGGGCCUGCUGGCCAGAAGGGACUGCGACCCUCAGCUGAGGAGCCUGUGGCCAGAGGAAAAGCCCCGGGGGCUCCCAGAAGGAGCGGCCCUAGCGCCGGGCCGCGGAGAGACUCUUCCAGGCCCACUUCCGGUGCUCCAUCCCCGGUCGUCACCCGUCGGUCCCGGUUGCCCGAAGCCGAGGUGGGACUCCCCCUGGCAGCUCCGAGUGCCCGGCCGCGGCCCCUAACCGAGGCCCCCAGGAGAUCAGGGAGCAGCGCGGUGGAGCGCAGCGCCGCUGAACCGAGCCCCACCGCCAGGAGGCGGCCCAGCGCUGGCGGGGGCCUCCAGAGGCCAGCCUUGCGCCCCCUGGGUUCCAGCACUGCCCCUCUGUCCUCUCCAGCCCGCUCCGGGGCCUCGGCCCGAGGAACACCGUGGGCUCCGGGGCAUCCUUCCCAGUCCCAGUCAAAAGGACCCCAGGGUCUGCGCCCCCCGCAGGCCACACCCCCAAGGAAGGCCGCGGCCUCUGGGCGGAGCCAGUCUUCCCCUUUGGCCACAUCCUCUCCGCAGGGUCGGAGCGCACAGCAGGCACCACCUACCCAAAUCACUGCCUCCCGGCUGCCUGCCACGCUCCCUCCUUCUCCACCGACCACGCCCCCUCUGCCCGUCAACCUCGGUCUUCAGGCCCUGCCCUCCCCAACAGCAACAUCCCCUUCCCACGACCUCACCUGUUUUCUGACCACGUCUCUUCCAUUAACCCCUCCUUCCUCUACCCUCCCUCGAACGACCCUCCCCUCUCCACCAGCCACACCCCCUCUGCAAGCUCCACCCUUUUGCCAGGGUAAGUCCUUUACUACUGCCUGCGCCUCUCCCCUGGCCACGCCCACUUUUCUGGCUCCAUUCUCUCCAUCAGUUUCACCCCCUCUGCAGAGUAUGCCCACUACCCAGGCUUCUCUGGCUUUGUCCCCUCUUCCUUCUCCCUUGGCCACACCUCCUUUGUUGGCUCCUUCGCCACCAGCCACACCCCCUCCACAGGCUCCAAUCUCUCCGGCAAUAUUUCCGCUGAACCCGCCCUCUCCUCUAGCCACACCCCCUCUGCAGGGCCUGCCCUCCUCUCUGGCCACGCCCCCUACUCAGACCCCAGCUCUCUUGUCUCCAUCUCUUCAGGAUCCUUGUCCUUUAGACUCUCCCUUGGCCACACCCCUCCUACAGGUCCCACCUUCUCUGGCUUCACAGCCUCUGCAGAUCCCUCCCUCUCCCUUGGCCACGCCCCCUCCACAAACCACUCCCCCUUCUAUGGCCACGCCUCCUCUGCAGGCCCCUUCUUCUCCCCCUGCCUCACCCCUUCUGGGAGCCCCUCCCUCUCACCCAACCUCACCCCCUCUGCAGGUGCCUCCCUCUCCCCCUGCCUCAUCCCCUCUGGGAGCCCCUCUCUCUCCCCCAGCCUCACCCCCUCUGCAGGCCCCUCACUCUCCCCCUGCCUCACCCCCUCUGCAGGCCCCUCCUUCUCCCCCUGCCUCACCUUUUCUGGGAGCCCCUCCCUCUCCCCCAGCCUUACCCCCUCUGCAGGCCCCUCCUCCCCCUGCCUCACCCCUUCUGGGAGCCCCUUCCUCUCCCCCUGCCUCACCCCCUCUGGGAGCCCCUCCCUAUCCCCCAGUCUCACCCUCUCCACGGGCACCUCCCUCUCCCCCAACCUCACCCCCUCUGCGGGCCCCUCCCUCUCCCCCAAUCUCACCCCCUCUGCGGGCCUCUCCUUCUCCUCCUGCCUCAUCCCUUCUGGGGGUCCCUCCCUCUCCCUCAACCUCACCGCCUCUGCACACCCCUCCAUCUCCCCCUGCCUCACCUCCUCAGCGGGCCCCUCUGUCUCCCCCAGCCUCACCCUUUCUUCAGGCCCCUUCCUCUCCUCGUGCCUCACCUCCUUUGCCGUCCCCACGCCGACCCCCGACCCCGGGUCCCGAUGCCCCGAUCCCCGGCCCACGGCUAACCCUGGCGCUGGCCCCGGCCCCACCGCCGCCACCCUCGCGAAGCCCGUCCAGUACGCUGAGCGGCCCCGACUUGGCCGGCCACAGCAGCAGCGCCACCAGCACGCCCGAGGAGCUGCGCGGCUACGACAGCGGGCCCGAGGGUGGCGCCACGGCCUCCCCGCCCGCCGACGCGGAGCUCGCCGCCUGCCACCCAGCCGCCUGGAGCCAAGGCCCCGCUCCGCCGCUGGUCGUCCGCAGCGCCCCAGGAGCGCCCCUGCCGUGGUCACCCGCUGCCGGCCCCGCCUCCGGUGACGGUCUGUGCACCAUCUACGAGGCUGAAGGACCUGAGGCGGCUCCCCCAGCCGCCGGCGCUCUGGAUGCCGGGCCCGGUGCGGGCGGUGGGAAGGCGGCGGCCGUGGCGGCGGCAGCGGGGACCGGGGCCGCCCCGCGGGGCCCGAAGCCGGCGCGCCUGGGCGAGCUGCCGCUGGGGGCGCUGCAGGCGAGCGUCGUGCAGCACCUGCUGAGCCGGACGCUGCUGCUGGCGGCGGCUGAGGGGUCGACGGGCGGCGGCGGCAGGGACUCAGGGGGCGCGGGCGGAGGCAGCGGCGUGGGGAGUGCCCGGUCUGCGCUCAGCGAUGCUGAGCUGGGUCGCUGGGCCGAGCUGCUGUCGCCACUGGACGAGUCCCGUGCUAGCAUCACUUCGGUCACCAGUUUCUCUCCGGACGACGUGGCCUCCCCGCAGGGUGACUGGACCGUGGUGGAGGUGGAGACCUUUCACUGAGCCAUGUUCCGGCCCCGCGGUCUACACCCAUUCCUGCCUUAGGACCCGCCCCCUCUCACGCCUCUGUCACGCUUCUUUUAGACCCCACCCCCACACCCUAGGUCCCUGCACCUAUUCCCUAGAACCCCGCCCCGGUUCCAUUGGCCUCAGGCUCCCCAGAGCCCUGGUCUUUUGGCCCAGGUUCUCCCCUCUAGCCCCGCCCCCUUGGCCUAGGACACGCCCCACGCCCUCGAGCCCCGCCCCAUGCCCAGUGUAUCGUCUCCCAGGCAGCCUGAGGUUGCAAUAAAGCUGGUAUGUUGGUGGUGGUGGUUGAAAACUCGCUGUCACCGCUGAGGGUGGGGCGGGGUGGGCUCGGGCUGGGCAUUGCUGGCGGCUGGGUGUGAGCAGGUCGGAGCUCUGGCUGAGGGCCUUUCUCCCGAGGGGAAGGAGGGAUGUACGAGGCGGGGCCCCGCUGUGUCCUGUAGCCCCGCGCGUCGCCCCGACCCAUGUGUGUGAAUAUGUGCUUCUUCACGUCCGGCUUCUGGUGACAACUCUCGGAGCAGAAAGGGCCCGUAGCAUGGCGCAGGGGAAGUGAUGCUCCUGGGAGGGCACGGAACCCUUUGCGCGGCCCCCUCUCACAGUGCGCACCCCACUUACCUUAUGCGCCUUGGGGCGCUGCGUUGGGUGCCAGGACGGCCGGCUCUUUGGAGGUUGCUCGAGGAUGGGGCUGG